AUGCCCUCGAAAGGGGUGCGCAAUAAGAAGUGUCUGUUUUGUGAGAGGAGGUUUCUCAAGGCUGAGCAUCUCAACCGCCACCAGCGGGCUCAUACUGGGGAGAAGCCGUUCAAAUGCACUUAUUGUGGUCGCGAAUACGGCCGGAGUGACGUCUUGAUGCGACAUGUUCGAAAUCAUCAUUCUGAUAACGGACAACGAAGCGCCUUACCGGCUGCGGCGUCUGGCCUGCACGAAGGUGCGCCAGCGGGGAGGAAAGCCGUAGACGCACCAUCGCCUUACGCUGUGCCGUCGGCAAGCUUGAUGCAGACACCACUCUCUGGCGAAGGCUCUCAACAUCAGGAAGGCGCAACUACUCAGGCUCGAUACAGUGGCCCGACACUGCAAGCGGUCACAUAUCCACCUGACUCCAGCGUUCCUGUUGACCGUAGAGUCACAGGCCCAUUCGACGCAGUUCAGAGCUGGUUAGAGCCUCCUGGCUUGUCGCUGGGCCUGAAUAAUAUCUGGGAUGACCUGCCCGAGUUUGAGUUCGGGAGCAUCCCAGGUGGCUCGACUCUGGGUCUUUCAUCUUCAUAUUCUGGACUACUCGUCCGUUCACCGCCCACCGGCGAUAUAUCGGACGAAAGGUAUGCAAAGAUUGCGAGCUUAUGGCCGAUGAAGAAGCAGACGCCGCGGCGCUUGAUCCAGACUCUCUGGGGCAAUGUCUCUUCUUAUCCGGAAGACAACAUAUUCUCACAGCCGAUGGAAGCAGCGGACGAAGAAAGCCUUUCAUCACGAACUCCGUCCCGGAGAGGAGAAUCAAGAUGGGGGUUGGACGAAGCUAGGAGGGUAAGGCUGAUGGAAGAUUGUGCGCCUCUUUAUUCGCAGCCUCGUUCAGGGCGAAAGUCGAAUGGCAACGCCGCAAUCAGCAAUAAUAGCAGUGCAGGUGAGAAUACGAGUGUCGACAGCUGCGGAUCUGCCAAAUUUCCGUCGACACAGAUCUUGGAUAUCAGCUUGGACAUUUACUUCCGGCGAUUCCACCAUUUGAUGCCAUUCAUCCACGAGCCAACCUUUGCGGCCAAGCAGACGUCGAGCAGUCUUCUCUUUCCCAUGUGCCUGAUGGGACUGACGCUCCUGGACUCUGUGCGAGCGAAAAGAUUUGUGAGCGCGCAAUUGGUGGAUGCUAUUGAACGGUGCAGGCGAGACCUGGUCCUGAGCUCACGGCACGGGGGUCAACUCGGGGAGUUGUUGACUGCGUUGGCGGCUGCCACCCUGCUACUCACUGUCGCCUGCAUCAGCCCCAAGCAAGCUCUAGCAGAGCACUCUCGCCUUCUCCACAGCGAGACCAUCCACGUCGCGCAACGGCACGGGCUGUUCUUUCCUCAAGAAGGCCAAGAGCUCUCGUCAGACAUCUUUGAUAAUCCGGAGGACGACACAGCAAAGUGGAAAGCGUGGACGAAGAUCGAGUCAGUCAAGAGAUUGAUUGUAUGCUUGAUCAUGUCGGACUCCUUCUUCUCCGCUCUGGACGACCACAACCCGAUCAUACGGACCGAGGCCCUACACUUCUACUUUCCCUGCAAGAACGAGCUGUUUCAAGCGCCGACAGCGAAGCGAUGGAGCCAGCUCGUCAAUGCCGGCGCUGCGACAGUGAUGCCCUGGAUGACACCGCAGCUGGAAACCGCAGUUCUCCCUGCACCGCCGGAUGCCAACACGCUAGGAUUCUUUGGUCUGUUUUCCACCAUUUGGGUACGCAUCGCCGAAGCAAAACACCGGCACACAUCCUUGACGUCGGAUGCUUCAGGCCUUCUGAUCCCAGCCGAUGUCUUUGCCCACGAUGAGCACGCUGCCUCUAUCGUCCCAUUUCUGUUAAAGAUAUGGAGGACGUAUGGCCAGACAAUGGGGUCUAUCAACCCGAACUGCGAAGCCUUCUGGCACCACUUGAACAUCUCCAUGACCGCAGACCUUGGUCUCUUUGAACUUGCCUCCGGGAGGGAAGGAGCAGAGAGCGCCAAAACCGCGCUGGACGCCAUCGCAACGUGGUCUCAGACCAGUGCCGCACGGCGAGCAUGCGUUCACGCUGCACAGACCUUCUCCGUCAUGUCCAAACGUCGACCCAUAGAUGGGACGUCCUACGAAGCGGAAAUCGCUCUCGUACAUGCGGCGCUGGUGCUUGGCCUGUACGUCUUCGUCAUGCCCCAAGACGACACAGACGGUGCUCUUCGGGAAACGUACACCGAGCCGUUCGAGCUCCUGGACAAUGUGGACUGGAAUCUUGUGGCGCAGGAGGGGUUCGGCAGCUACACUACUGAUACCAACGGACCAGAAACCGAUGUGCUGUUAUGCUCAGCGAUCUGCCGGGCGAGAGACUUCAUCCGCGUGGGGGGACCGAUUUCGUUUUCCGGGGUCGUGCAGCGCGGCGGAUACGCGUCCGCACGACGGAUCCUGCUCGACUACGUGUAUCUGUUGGAGGAAAAUGGGACGCGAUACAACGUGAUGGAGUUCUGCCACAUCUUGCGCAUUCUGAGCGAUGCUUUGAUUGAUCUCGACUCUGGAGGGUCAGAAUGA